CGACAACGUCGGACACGGCCGCCCCAAAGGGCACUUACGCAGAGACUGCCGCAGACCAAGCAUUCAUAACAAAAACACGAAAAUCUAGAAAAUCCAGAAAACAAAAUCGCUAGGCAGCAACAAACCCCAAUGCCCAACCAUCGGAGGGCGCGGCGAAGGCGAGUCACACAGCUGAUACAGUCGCUCGUACACAUACUCAGCCAGUCACGCGCGGACAACAGCAUCAGUUCCCAUGGCUCGCACUAACACCACUCAUCCCGCAGCGGCAUCGCGAUCCACCACACUAAACAAAGGGCAGGACGCGCAUUUCGCUUCUUUUCUAAGGAACGAAGCGUUGGGACAAUUUGCGGAGCUCGCUUCUUCAGACAGCGAGGAGGAGGAAGACGAUGACCAAAUGCAGAUUGAUGAUGAGAAGCAGACUACACGAGCAUGGGAAGAGAACGAACGUGACGAGGCACCUUAUGCGUAUGCAGGUGGGCCACAGAGUGAUUUCUUAGCCACGACCACGCCACCACGAGCGGCAGAUUUCAACCAAUCCGCCCGGUCAGCUAGCGCCGCUCAAGAGGACGAGGUAAUGCCUUUAGCAACAACAGGGGGAGCGACCACUGCUGCUGCCGCCCGGGCGACCGAGCAGCACUCACAGAGCCGAUUGGAGAUCACCACCACCAGCGCUGUGGUACGGUCCGCUCGCAAGGUCAAACAACUGUCUGGGAAAAUAGGCCUACAGGAUGGCGCUAUUAAGGGGAUGCAGAAUAGUAUGGCAACAUAUAUCAAGAGCACAAAGCGUGCCGUGGAGGGGAAAACCGGGGACGCUGGUCUGCCCGUUCAAUUGGGACAAUGGCUACGCUCUUUGCUCACUACGCCAGAGCCAGACUACGCUCAGCUGGAGAACCAGUGCCGCCACACCACUAGGCUGGUCCUCAUGAACUUCGGACGAUGGCGCAGUACUUGCGAGAACCCAUACUGGUGUUCGACACAAGAGCUUCUAACGACGCCCACAUCCAACGUUACCUAUACAAACUUCUCCGACUCCCAAACAACGUCGAUCAUGAAAGCAGAUAUGUCGCGGCAUUCACGGACAGGGAAGCAACAGAAUAUCUUAGAGCCAGCUUCGAUCUUCACGUCCUCUCAACCUUUCUGGUCUUAA